AUGAAAAUUGCAUCUUCUACAGAUAAUUUUAACAAUUUCUUGAAUUGGUCUCUUGUAAGUUUAGCAAAUGAGACGUUCUAUGACUUCAAAAGACAUAGACACUGGUUACCAUCUUUUAGCAAAGCCAAAUACAAUGCUUUGAAAUCUUUAAAGGAAGACCCCAACAUCAUAAUAACCAGACCUGACAAAGGAAAAGGUGUUGUGAUAUUGGAGAGAAAUGAAUAUGUCACUAAAGUAAAUAUAUUGCUAUCAGACCUUACAAAAUUUAAAAAACCUAUCUUGUCAGCUUUAAAAACAUUUAAUUAUAAUCUAGCUAAAUUCUUAGGGCAAAUUCUCAAGCCUAUAACUACCAAUGCAUACACUGUCCAUAAUUCUUUUGAUUUUGCAAAGCAGAUGUCUACAAUUAGUCUUGAAAACCAUGUUAUAAUGAAAUUGUUAAAAUUAUCUGUAGAAGAUGCAAUGUUCAUGUUCAACAAUCAAUUGUACUCCCAAAUUGAUGGUGUAGCAAUGGGUAGCCCGCUAAGCCCAACUCUCGCAAACGCGUUUUUAUGCCAUCACGAGAGUAAGUGGUUAGCAGACUGCCCAUCGCAUUUUAAACCAGUAAUGUAUAAAAGAUAUGUUGAUGAUGUAUUCCUACUGUUUAGUGAUGUUUCGCAUGUAAAAAUGUUUUUAGAUUAUGUCAACUCAAAACAUAUCAACAUACAGUUUACCUCUGAAGUCGAAGUUAUCAUACCACAGCCCCCCCACUCCCCAACUCACAACGGACAUCCAGACAUCAAACCUCCGCAACUGCUGUCAUGUCACAUGACAAAGACACAUAUCCACACUACACUACGGAGAAAUAC